AUAAUAGAUUAUUCUACUAUUUUAUCUAUUAGAAAUUUAAAUUCUCAAAAUAUAAAUCAAUUAAUAUCUGUUACAGGUAUAAUAACUGGAUCUUCUAAAAUAUUAAGUAAAAGUAUUUUAACAACAUUCAUAUGUAAUAAUUGUAAAAAUAAAUUAAUAUUAAAUACAAGUGAUAAAACAAAUAUACCAAGAACUUGUCCAUAUUAUAAUUCAGAAACAAUGGAUAAAAAAUGUCCAUUAGAUCCAUUUAUUAUUAUACCAGAUGAAUGUACAUACUUAGAUGUACAAUAUCUUAAAUUACAAGAAUUACCAGAAUCAACACCUUCAGGAGAAAUACCAAGAAAUAUAUCUAUACAAAUAGAUAAAACAUUUAUUAAUAAAUUUAAAGCAGGAACUAGAGUUAAUAUUAUUGGUAUUUAUAAUAUAUCACAUCAAGAUUUAAAAGAAUCAUAUAAAAUUCCUUAUAUAAAAACAUUAGGUAUAGAUAAAUAUGUAGAUAUUCCCAAUCUUAAUAAUUCUAUAUAUACAAUAGAUAAUUUUAAAGAAUUAAGUAAUAAUAAAAAUAUUUAUGAAUUAAUAUACAAAAGUAUUGCUCCUUCUAUAUAUGGUCAUGAAGAUAUUAAAAAAUCAUUAGCUUGUAUGCUAUUUGGUGGUACUGUAAGAAUAUUACCUGAUAAUAUAAGAUUAAGAGGAGAUAUAAAUAUAUUACUAUUAGGAGAUCCUUCUGUUGCUAAAUCAUAGUUUUUAAAAUUUAUUGAAAAAAUUUCUCCUAUUUGUAUAUAUACUUCAGGUAAAGGAUCAAGUGCUGCUGGUUUAACAGCUUCUGUUAUACGUGAUAGAAAUAGUGGAGACUAUUAUUUAGAAGGUGGUGCUAUGGUAUUAGCAGAUAAAGGUAUAGUAUGUAUUGAUGAAUUUGAUAAAAUGAGAGAUCAAGAUAGAGUUGCUAUACAUGAAGCAAUGGAACAACAAACUAUUUCAAUAGCUAAAGCUGGUAUUACUACUGUAUUAAAUAGUAGAACUAGUGUAUUAGCAGCUGCUAAUCCCGUAUUUGGUAGAUUUGAUAAUACUAAAAAUGCUGAUGAAAAUAUAGAAUUUCAAAGUACUAUAUUAAGUAGAUUUGAUCUAAUAUUUAUAAUAAUAGAUAAAUAUAAUCAAAAAAAAGAUCAAAAAUUAGCAAAACAUAUUGUAGAUAUACAUACAGCACAUAAUAAAUCUAAUUAGAAAAAUGAAUUUAUUAGUACAGAAUUAUUGAGUAAAUAUAUAGAAUUUUGUAAAAAUACAUGUUUUCCUACAUUAAGUAAAGAAUCUGCUGAAUACAUACAAAAUGAAUAUAUUCAAUUAAGAGAAAAAACAAAUAAAAAUAAAAGUACUAUUAUACCUAUUACAAUAAGACAAUUAUAGGCUAUGAUAAGAUUAAGUGAAGCAUUAGCUAAAAUGGAAUUACAAGAAAUUGUUAAUAUAAAACAUGCUAGAGAAGCUGUUAGAUUAUUUAAAAGAGCUACUAUAAAAGCUACAUAG